GGGUGCGGGUCGGGGUCCGGGGCGCAGCGGAGGAGCCAGCCGGGCGCGGAGCGAGACUGAGGGCGCGGAGCCCAGCCGCCCGCCACCGAGAGGAGAAGCAGCGGCCCGCGGAUCCCCGGCGCGCGGGGUGCGGGACCCCCCCGGCGAAGCAGGAGCCCCGGACGCGGGCGGCGGGCAGCGGGCAUCGGGCGGCGGGCAGCGGGCAGCAUGCCCCCGCUCCUGGCGCCGCUGCUCUGCCUGGCGCUGCUGCCCGCGCUGGGCGCACGAGGCCUGCGGUGCUCCCAGCCCAGCGAGACCUGCCUGAAUGGCGGGAAGUGUGAAGCGCACCCCAACGGCACGGAGGCCUGCGUCUGCAGCGGGGCCUUCGUGGGCCAGCGGUGCCAGGCGCCCAGCCCCUGCCUCAGCGCCCCCUGCAGGAACGGCGGGACGUGCCACGUGCUGGAGCGGGCUGGCCGGGUGGACUACGCCUGCAGCUGCCGCCUGGGCUUCUCGGGGCCCCUGUGCCUGACGCCCCAGGACAACGCCUGCCUGCCCAGCCCCUGCCGCAACGGCGGCUCCUGCGAGCUGCUCACGCUCGCCGACUACAAGUGCCUGUGCCCGCCCGGCUGGUCAGGGAAGACGUGCCAGCAGGCCGACGCCUGCGCCUCCAACCCCUGUGCCAACGGCGGCGAGUGCCACCCCUUCGAGGCCACCUUCAUCUGCCGCUGCCCGCCCGGCUUCCACGGCGCCACCUGCCGGCAGGACGUGAACGAGUGCGGCCUGAGCCCCCCGCCCUGCCGCAACGGGGGCACCUGCCUCAACGAGGUGGGCUCCUUCCGCUGCGCCUGCCGCGCCACCCACACCGGGCCCCGCUGCGAGCUGCCCUACGUGCCCUGCAGCCCCUCGCCCUGCCAGAACGGCGGCACCUGCCGGCCCACGGGCGACACCACGCACGAGUGCGCCUGCCUGCCAGGCUUCACCGGCCAGAACUGCGAGGAGAACAUCGACGACUGCCCGGGACACAGCUGCCAGAACGGGGGCGCCUGCGUGGACGGCGUCAACACCUACAACUGCCGCUGCCCGCCCGAGUGGACAGGUCAGUACUGCACCAAGGACAUGGACGAGUGCCAGCUCAUGCCCAACGCCUGCCAGAACGGCGGCACGUGCCACAACACCCAGGGCGGCUACACCUGCGUGUGCGUCAACGGCUGGACGGGCGAGGACUGCAGCGAGAACAUCGACGACUGCGCCAGCGCCGCCUGCUUCCACGGCGCCACCUGCCACGACCGCGUGGCCUCCUUCUACUGCGAGUGUCCCCACGGGCGCACCGGUCUGCUGUGCCACCUCAACGACGCCUGCAUCAGCAACCCCUGCAACGAGGGCUCCAACUGCGACACCAACCCCGUCAACGGCAAGGCCAUCUGCACCUGCCCCUCCGGCUACAUGGGGCCGGCCUGCAGCCAGGACGUGGACGAGUGCGCGCUGGGUGCCAACCCCUGCGAGCACAAGGGCAAGUGCAUCAACACGCUGGGCUCCUUCGAGUGCCGCUGCCUGCAGGGCUACACCGGCCCCCGCUGCGAGAUCGACGUCAACGAGUGCGUCUCGAACCCGUGCCAGAAUGACGCCACCUGCCUGGACCAGAUCGGGGAGUUCCAGUGCAUCUGCAUGCCUGGCUACGAGGGCGUGCACUGCGAGGUGAACCGGGACGAGUGUGCCAGCAGCCCCUGCCUGCAGAACGGCCGCUGUGUGGACAAGAUCAACGGGUUCCAGUGCCAGUGCCCCACCGGCUUCACCGGGAACCUGUGCCAGUACGACGUGGACGAGUGCGCCAGCACGCCCUGCAAGAACGGCGCCAAGUGCCUGGACGGGCCCAACACCUACAGCUGCGUGUGCACCGAAGGCUACACGGGGCCCCACUGCGAGGUGGACAUCGACGAGUGUGACCCCGACCCCUGCCACUACGGCUCCUGCCAGGACGGCGUGGCCGCCUUCACCUGCCUGUGCCGGCCCGGCUACACCGGCCACCACUGCGAGACCAACAUCAACGAGUGCCACAGCCAGCCCUGCCGGCACGGCGGCACCUGCCAGGACCGCGACAACGCCUACCUCUGCCUCUGCCUCAAGGGGACCACAGGACCCAACUGUGAGAUCAACCUGGACGACUGUGCCAGCAGCCCCUGCGACGCCGGCACCUGCCUGGACAAGAUCGACGGCUACGAGUGCGUCUGCGAGCCGGGCUACACCGGGAGCAUGUGCAACAUCAACAUCGACGAGUGCGCGGGCGGGCCCUGCCACAACGGCGGCACCUGCGAGGACGGCACCAACGCCUUCACCUGCCGCUGCCCCGAGGGCUUCCACGGCCCCUCCUGCCUGUCCGAGGUCAACGAGUGCAGCAGCGACCCCUGCGCCCACGGGGCCUGCCGGGACGGCCUCAACGGGUACAAGUGCGACUGCGACCCCGGCUGGAGCGGGGCCAACUGCGACGUCAACAACGACGAGUGCGCGUCCAGCCCCUGCGUCAACGGCGGCACCUGCAAGGACAUGACCAGCGGCUACGUGUGCACCUGCCGCGAGGGCUUCAGCGGCCCCAACUGCCAGACCAACAUCAACGAGUGCGCGUCCAACCCGUGCCUGAACCAGGGCACCUGCAUCGACGACGUGGCCGGCUACAAGUGCAACUGCCCGCUGCCCUACACAGGAGCCACGUGCGAGCUGGUGCUGGCCCCGUGCGCCUCCGGCCCCUGCAGGAACGGCGGCGAGUGCCGGGCGUCCGAGGACUACGAGAGCUUCUCCUGCGCGUGCCCGGCCGGCUGGCAGGGGCAGACCUGCGAGGUGGACAGAAACGAGUGCGUGAAGAGCCCAUGCCGCCACGGCGCCUCCUGCCAGAACACCAACGGCGGCUACCGCUGCCUCUGCCUGGCCGGCUACACCGGGCGCAACUGCGAGACCGACAUCGACGACUGCCGGCCCAACCCGUGCCACAACGGCGGCUCCUGCACCGACGGCAUCGACGCGGCCUUCUGCGACUGCCUGCCCGGCUUCCAGGGCGCCUUCUGCGAGGAGGACAUCAACGAGUGCGCCAGCAACCCCUGCCGGCACGGCGGCAACUGCACCGACUGCGUGGCCAGCUACACCUGCACCUGCCCGCCGGGCUUCAGCGGCAUCCACUGCGAGAACAACACGCCCGACUGCACCGAGAGCUCCUGCUUCAAUGGCGGCACCUGCGUGGACGGCAUCGCCUCCUUCACCUGCCGGUGCCCGCCCGGCUUCACCGGCAGCUACUGCGAGCACGACAUCAACGAGUGCGACUCGCGGCCCUGCCUGCACGGCGGCACCUGCCAGGACAGCUACGGCACCUACCGCUGCACCUGCCCGCUGGGCUACACCGGCCUCAGCUGCCAGAACCUGGUGCGCUGGUGUGACUCCUCGCCCUGCAAGAACGGCGGCAAGUGCUGGCAGACCCACGUGCUGUACCGCUGCGAGUGCCACAGCGGCUGGACCGGCCUGCACUGCGACGUGCCCAGCGUGUCCUGCGAGGCCGCCGCCCGCGAGCGAGGCGUGGACGUGACCCAGCUGUGCCGGAACGGCGGGCUCUGCCUGGACGCGGACAACACGCACCACUGCCGCUGCCAGCCCGGCUACACGGGCAGCUACUGCGAGGACCAGGUGGACGAGUGCUCGCCCAGCCCCUGCCAGAACGGGGCCACCUGCACCGACUACCCUGGUGGCUACUCCUGCGAGUGCGUGGCCGGCUACCACGGGGUGAACUGCUCCGAGGAGAUCAACGAGUGCCUGUCCCACCCGUGCCAGCACGGCGGCACCUGCAUCGACCUCACCAACACCUACAAGUGCUCCUGUCCGCGGGGCACGCAGGGGGUGCACUGCGAGAUCAACGUGGACGACUGCAGCCCCCCCAUCGACCCCGUGACCCGCGGCCCCAAGUGCUUCAACAACGGCACCUGCGUGGACCGGGUGGGCGGCUACGCCUGCGCCUGCCCGCCCGGCUUCGUGGGCGAGCGCUGCGAGGGCGACGUCAACGAGUGCCUGUCCAACCCCUGCGACGCCCGAGGCACCCAGAACUGCGUGCAGCGCGUCAACGACUUCCACUGCGAGUGCCGGCCCGGCCACACCGGCCGCCGCUGCGAGUCCGUCAUCAACGGCUGCAAGGGGAGGCCGUGCCAGAACGGCGGCACCUGCGCCGUGGCCGCCAACACCGCCCGCGGCUUCAUCUGCAAGUGCCCGGCGGGCUUCGAGGGCGCCACGUGCGAGAACGACGCGCGCACCUGCGGCAGCCUGCGCUGCCUGCACGGCGGCACCUGCGUCUCCGGCCCGCGCAGCCCCACCUGCCUGUGCCUGGGCCCCUUCACCGGCCCCGAGUGCCAGUUCCCGGCCGGCAGCCCCUGCCUGGGCGGCAACCCCUGCUACAACCAGGGCACCUGCGAGCCCACCACCGAGAGCCCCUUCUACCGCUGCCUGUGCCCGCCCAAGUUCAACGGGCUCCUGUGCCACAUCCUGGACUACAGCUUCCGCGGCGGCCACGGCCUGGACAUCACCCCGCCGCCCCUGGAGGAGGCCUGCGAGCUGCCCGAGUGCCGCGAGGAGGCGGGCAACAAGGCGUGCAGCCCGCGCUGCAACAACCACGCGUGCGGCUGGGACGGCGGCGACUGCUCCCUCAACUUCAACGACCCCUGGCAGAACUGCUCGCAGGCGCUCGAGUGCUGGAAGUACUUCAGCAACGGCCGCUGCGACAGCCAGUGCAACUCGGCCGGCUGCCUCUUCGACGGCUUCGACUGCCAGCGCGCCGAGGGCCAGUGCAACCCCCUGUACGACCAGUACUGCAAGGACCACUUCAGCGACGGGCACUGCGACCAGGGCUGCAACCGGGCCGAGUGCGAGUGGGACGGGCUGGACUGCGCGGAGCACGUGCCGGAGCGCCUGGCGGCGGGCACGCUGGUGGUGGUGGUGCUCAUGCCGCCCGCGCAGCUGCGCAACGACUCGCUGCGCUUCCUGCGGGAGCUCAGCCGCCUGCUGCACACCAACGUGGUGUUCAAGCGCGACGCCCACGGCCAGCAGAUGAUCUUCCCCUACUACGGCCGCGAGGAGGAGCUGCGCAAGCACCCCAUCCGCCGCUCCCUGGGCGCCGCCGCCGAGGGCUGGGCCGCGCUGCUCCCGGGCGGCGGGGGCGGGGGCGGGCGCUGGCGCCGGGAGCUGGACCCCAUGGACAUCCGCGGCUCCAUCGUCUACCUGGAGAUCGACAACCGGCAGUGCGCGCAGGCCUCCGCCCAGUGCUUCCAGAGCACCACCGACGUGGCUGCCUUCCUGGGCGCCCUGGCCUCGCUCGGCAGCCUCAACAUCCCCUACAAGAUCGAGGCCGUGCAGAGUGAGACGGUGGAGCCGCCGCCGCCGCCGCCGCUGCACCUCAUGUACGUGGCCGUGGCCGCGCUGCUGCUGCUCGGCCUGGCGGGCUGCGGCGUGCUCCUGUCGCGCCGGCGCCGGCGCCAGCAUGGCCAGCUCUGGUUCCCCGAGGGCUUCAAGGUGGCGGAGGCCAGCAAGAAGAAGCGGCGCGAGCCGCUGGGCGAGGACUCCGUGGGCCUCAAGCCCCUGAAGAACUGCUCGGACGGCGCCCUCAUCGACGACAACCAGAACGAGUGGGGCGACGAGGACCUGGAGGCCAAGAAGUUCCGGUUCGAGGAGCCGGUGGCGCUGCCGGACCCGGACGCGCAGGCGGACCACCGGCAGUGGACGCAGCAGCACCUGGACGCCGCGGACCUGCGGGCGUCCGCCAUGGCGCCCACGCCGCCCCAGGGCGAGGCCGACGCCGACUGCAUGGACGUGAACGUGCGCGGCCCCGAUGGCUUCACGCCCCUCAUGAUCGCCUCGUGCAGCGGAGGCGGCCUGGAGACGGGCCACAGCGAGGAGGAGGAGGACGCGCCGGCCGUCAUCUCGGACUUCAUCUACCAGGGCGCCAGCCUGCACAACCAGACCGACCGCACCGGCGAGACCGCCCUGCACCUGGCCGCCCGCUACUCCCGCUCCGACGCCGCCAAGCGCCUGCUGGAGGCCAGCGCCGACGCCAACAUCCAGGACAACAUGGGCCGCACGCCCCUGCACGCGGCCGUGUCCGCCGACGCCCAGGGCGUCUUCCAGAUCCUGAUCCGGAACCGGGCCACGGACCUGGAUGCCCGCAUGCACGACGGCACCACGCCGCUGAUCCUGGCCGCGCGCCUGGCGGUGGAGGGCAUGCUGGAGGACCUCAUCAACUCGCACGCCGACGUCAACGCCGUGGACGACCUGGGCAAGUCCGCCCUGCACUGGGCCGCCGCCGUCAACAACGUGGAGGCCGCCCUCGUGCUCCUCAAGAAUGGGGCCAACAAGGACAUGCAGAGCAACAAGGAGGAGACGCCCCUGUUCCUGGCCGCCCGGGAGGGCAGCUACGAGACGGCCAAGGUGUUGCUGGACCACUUCGCCAACCGCGACAUCACGGACCACAUGGACCGGCUGCCCCGCGACAUCGCCCAGGAGCGCAUGCACCACGACAUCGUGCGGCUGCUGGACGAGCACAGCCUGGUGCGCAGCCCCCCGCUGCAUGGCGCCCUGGGCGGCCCGCCCACCCUGUCGCCCCCGCUCUGCUCGCCCAGCGGCUACCUGGGCAGCCUCAAGCCGGCCGCGCCCGGCAAGAAGGCGCGCAAGCCCAGCACCAAGGGCCUGGCCGGCGGCAAGGAGGCCCGGGACCUCAAGGCGCGGCGGAAGAAGGCACCGGACGGCAAGGCCUGCCUGCUGGACAGCUCCAGCGUGCUGUCGCCCGUGGACUCCCUCGAGUCUCCCCACGGCGGCUACCUGUCCGACGUGGCCUCGCCGCCCCUCCUGCCCUCCCCCUUCCAGCCGUCACAGUCCAUGCCCCUCAGCCACCUGCCGGGCAUGCCCGACACCCACCUGGGCAUGGGCCACCUGGGCGUGGCGGCCAAGCCCGAGAUGGCGGCCCUGGGUGCCGGCGGCCGGCUGGCCUUCGAGGCGGGGCCGCCACGCCUCUCCCACCUGCCCGUGGCCUCGGGCGCCGGCGGCAGCGGGGCUGUGAAUUUCACCGUGGGCGGGACCACCGGCCUGAACGGCCAGUGCGAGUGGCUGUCCCGGCUGCAGAACGGCCUGGUGCCCAACCAGUACAACCCCCUGCGCGGGAGUGUGGCGCCCGGCCCGCUGAGCACGCCGGCGCCCGCCCUCCAGCACGGCGCCAUGGGCCCGCUGCACGGCGGCCUCUCCGCCUCCACCCUGUCCCAGAUGCUGAGCUACCAGGCCCUGCCCAGCACCCGGCUGGCCACCCAGCCCCACCUGGUGCAGGCACAGCCGGUGCAGCCGCCGCCUCAGGGCCUCCCGAUGCAGCCGCAGAGCCUGCCGCCGCCCCAGCCGCACCUGGGCGUGAGCGCCGCCACGGGCGGGCCCCUGGGCCGGGGCUUCCUGGGCAGGGAGCCGAGCCAGGCGGACGUGCAGCCGCUGGGCCCCGGCCUGGCGGCGCACACCAUCCUGCCCCAGGACAGCCAGGCCCUGCCCACGGCGCUGCCGCCCUCGCUGGGCCCGCCCGUGGCCACCGCCCAGUUCCUGACGCCGCCCUCCCAGCACAGCUGCUCCUCCUCGCCCGUGGACAACACCCCCAGCCACCAGCUGCAGGUGCCCGAGCACCCCUUCCUCACCCCGUCCCCCGAGUCCCCCGACCAGUGGUCCAGCUCGUCCCCCCACUCCAACCUCUCCGACUGGUCCGAGGGCAUCUCCAGCCCGCCCACCAGCACGCAGUCCCAGAUCGCCCACAUCCCGGAGGCGUUCAAGUAAAGAGCCGGCCACGGAGCCACGCUUCCGGCCACCGGGCCCGGCCACGGGACCACCUGCCUUCCCCGGGCCCUGCCGGGGCGUUCGCCCGGCACUCCGAGGACACCGGCCGACCAAAGGAGCUUAUUAUUUUUUUUAAGGAACGUUUUUAUUCAGAACAAGAGGACAGAUGUGGACUUUUUUUAGUAUUUAUUUAUGUACUUUCAUUUCACGUGGAAA